AUGCUUCGCCUCUCCGACUUAGGUUCCAUGAAACCUCGCGUCUUACCCGCCAACCAAAAGGACGACCGCGACGAAGACCUCCGCGACGUCGACGACGUCUUCAACAACGACUACGACGAACUCCGCAACUCCAACCACAUCCUUCCACAGAAGCAAAACAGAGACAAAACCACCCCCAAGAACCAGACGCACUCACCCCUCCUCCACCUCCCCGCCGAACUCCGCAACAAAAUCUACAAAUUCGUCUUCCUAAACACCACCAUCAACAUCAACAAGCUACUUAUCAAAAAAGACGUCCUCGGCCGCUACCCCAGCGUCCGCGCCAUCCUAUACACCUGCCGCCAGAUCUACAUCGAAGCCUCUGCUCUGUCCUUCACCCUCUGCACCUUUGUACCUAGCUACUUCGCCCUCCGCUUCUUUUCUUCUUCCAACCUACCCGCCGCGGGCUUCGGAAGGAUCGAGCGCCUGUGGCUGACGGAGGGGAAUGGGCGGGCUAUCAUCGAGGGACAGGAUGAAAUGAAGGGUGCAUAUCUGAAGGAAUGGUUUGCUUCAUUGAAGCUCUUGGAGAUAGAAGUCUGGCGUCUGAAAGUUAACUUGACGGACGCUCAGGCAAGAGAAAAGUUGAGGGAUGCGUUUGGGCUGCCGGAUCUGUGUAUUGUGGGAAGGCGCGUAGGUGAGGAUGGGGUGGUGGCUGUUUGA